AUUUUUUUGGGGUCAAAUUUUGUUUUUAAUAGUGUUAACAAAAAAAAAAAUUAAACAAAGACAUAUAUUAAAAAAAAAAAUAGUGCUAGUCCUUCAUUGCCUCAGCCUCUGAUCAUAUAGCUUCUGAACUUCGGAGACUUUUCAUCGAACACCUUGUGCUCACUACCUCAAAGAGACAGAAACAGAGAGAUUCAAAGUCAGCAGAAGAACAAAGACAAUGAACAAUUCGAUAGAGACUAAGAAGAAGAAGAAGCAUGUAAUGGAAAUCGAAGGCUACCCAAUCGACGGAAUAUCAAUCGGAGGCCACGAGACUUGCAUCAUGUUCCCUUCUCUUCGUCUAGCUUUCGACAUCGGCCGUUGCCCACACCGAGCAAUCUCUCAAGACUUCCUCUUCAUCUCUCACUCCCACAUGGAUCACAUCGGUGGAUUACCAAUGUAUGUUGCGACUAGAGGGUUGUACAAGAUGAAGCCUCCAACGAUUAUAGUGCCCAUUUCGAUUAAAGAGUGUGUUGAGAGUUUGUUUGAGGUUCAUAGGAAGUUGGAUUCUUCGGAACUGAAGCAUAAUCUUGUUGGUUUGGACAUUGGGGAAGAGUUUGUGAUUAGGAAAGACGUUAAAGUGAAAGCCUUUAAGACAUAUCAUGUUAUCCAAAGCCAGGGUUAUGUCGUUUAUUCGACUAAACAUAAGCUCAAGGAAGAGUUUAUUGGUCUUCCUGCUAAUGAGAUUAAGAAUCUCAAGGCUUCUGGUGUUGAGAUCACAAACAGUAUAACAACUCCUGAAGUGGCGUUUACGGGAGAUACGACUUCAGAUUUUGUAGUUGAUGAGAAUAAUGCUGAUGCUCUCAAGGCAAGGGUUCUCGUCAUGGAGAGCACGUUUCUUGAUGAUUCGGUAUCCGUCGAGCACGCUAGGGAUUAUGGACAUAUACAUUUAUCUGAGAUAGUUAAGCAUGCUGAGAAGUUUGAAAACAAAGCAAUUCUGCUGAUUCAUUUUUCGGCUCGGUAUACAGUGAAGGAAAUUGAAGUUGCAGUUUCUGCAUUGCCUCCACCUUUAGAGGGACGUGUGUUUGCUUUAACACAAGGAUUCUAAAACGCAGGUUUUUCACACUUUGGUUUUUUGUUGUUCCCAAAGUUUUUGUAUCGCACAUGUAAACAUUAUAUUAUACCCUUGUUGUUGAGUUUCAAGAUAGAUAUAUGUUAAAGUAAUUUUCUAAGUUAAUGUAUCCCUACAAAAAAAUUUUUACUGUUGAAUGUAUUUAAGAUACUGCAUUUUAUUUUUAA